AGCCAUGUGCAAAAAGCAGUUCAGAUGGGUAUCCAUGGAGGUUUGGUCAGGAGUGUCUUUUCGAGAAACCGAUCUUUUAAGACUCAUGAGAGCAAUGGGAGGAACAAUAUGACAGAACGGAGAAGAUGGAGCUCAGUUAGACUCAGAUCAUAUCUAUGUGGGGAUGAAUUUAAGUCAGUGGUUGCAGACAAGGAUUCAGCUUCAGUUAGGAGCUUUGAGGCUAGUGUAUCGCAGCUCAAUUCGGUGCUUGUAGAGGUGGAUUCUUGUUCUGCUGAGAGCUCUGAGGCCACUGUUACACAACCAUUGCACGAAGACUUAACAGACAAGAAAGAUAUGCACGUCUACAACACAAUGUCUGAAGAGCAAGCAGCAAUCAUCAUCCAGUCAGCAUUUAGAGGCUUUCUGACUAGGUGUCAAAAUGAAAGGAUCAAAUCAGAGGUUGGUAAACAGGAGCUUAUUGUAGGAUCAGAAAGUCCAAGUAUGGAGUCUCUGGGGACAUCAGUUGAAGUUCAAACAGGAAAUUCGGUGGAAGUGCACUCUAUACAGGAGGAAAACUUGGCUGCUCAACACCGGCUGACACAACAGAAAGCUAGAGCGCAAGUGCUAAGGCUUAAGGAAGACUGGGAUGAUAGCACAUUGAGUAGCAACAUGUCAAAAAUGAGGAUGCAGAACAGACUGGAAGCGACAACCAGGCGUGAGAGAGCGUUAGCUUAUGCCUUUUCACAACAGCUACGGAUCUGUUCAAAGAAAAAACAUGCGAAAUCUGAUGGCACAGAACAGAAUAUGGGGUGGAGCUGGCUAGAACGAUGGAUGGCAACCCGCCUCCCCGAAAGCUCAAGCUCAUUGGUUGAAACUCCUACAAGCAAUAUUCAGCAGGUUGAGCCAAUUUACAGCAACCAAAGAGUUGUGAUGAUCAGGAAGAGAUUAUUUGACGGGAUGGGUGAAGAGAAAGAGAGCUGUGGAUCUAAUGAGGUGACUGUUGCAUUUGAUAACUUUUCAGUAACAACAGAAGAAGAGAACAGUAGCUUCAACUCAGUUGAUCAAAGCAGGGUCAAGGCUACGAAAGGUGUAUCAAGGCGAAAAACUAUGCCGAGUCAGGAGUGUGGGAAAGAUUACCUCAAGGUAAGCAAGAAGGAUUGUUCAAGAGAGGCUGAGAAAGAUGCAAUCGACAAGUCGAAGAAAACCGGGAGUGUCAAGUGCAAAAACUCUUCAUUUUGACAAUUACAGCUUUCUCACUAGUAUUGUUGAAAUCUGCCACUGUAAGAGUAAAUAAGCAGAUUCUUGCUUUGUUGUGUUGAUAUAUUAAAGUGUUUUCAUUGAUAUCUCAUGUAAAUUUAGUUAAGCAAUGGAGAAUAAUCAUGCUUGAAUUCCAAAAAUGUUCAGUAGUGUACAUGCUUGGUAGCUGAGUUUGAAAGAGAGCUGAUUAUUGUGUUA